GCUAUAUGUGUAUUUUGAGGAAACCUCUGUUCAGUCAAGUCACUGACACACGUUUCUAUUAAUUAAAGCUGUCAUGUGCCGUCCAAUAAGAAGGCACAUAGAAAUGAUGUAACUAACUGGUUGUAAGUAACGACAGGCUGGGUGGUGGGUCAUACUGUUUCUUUAGCAAUUUUUCCUCAUUAAGGCAACCACAAAGAGGAAACAUCACCAUCAUAUACACAUCUGUAGCAGAGGAAAUGUCUCACACAGCUGAGAGAGAAUGGACACGAAAUUAUUCCUCAUUUUUGUGCUUCAGUUUCAAGCAGGCAUCAGUGGAACAACCACCUAUCGCUACUACAGAGCUGGAGAUGAUGCCACUCUGCCCUGUGCCACUGCAUCACCCUCUGACACAACAUGCUCCACCUUUAUAUGGCUUUACAACUGCAAUCAAUAUCAGACUUUCAUUGAGGUUCAGAAUGGAAAUGUUGUGAAGAGCUCAGCCCGAGCUGCCAGGCUGAGUGUGGACACUGGCUGCUCUUUGGUCAUUAACAACGUAACUGCUGAGGAUGUUGGUCACUACACCUGUCGGCAGGGGAGGAGCACUGAUCAUGAUGCAGUCGUGUAUUUAAAUGUUCUGACAAUCUCUCCAUCUCCACCAGACGCUGAUCCAAAGAGGGACGGUGAAGUCACAUUAGAGUGCUCUCUGUUGAGAUACAGAAGCCUCGGUCCUUGUCCACAGAACAGCGUCCGCUGGGUGAAUGAGACAGGAGCUGUGCUGCUUGGUGAAGGUGUCGGGUACAAGUUCCUCAGACAGACAGAAUGUGUCUCUGCUCUGACUGUGAAGCGUCAGAGUGGCAACAACAGGAAAUACACCUGCCAGUUUGUUGAUAACAACAAAGUAGAGAUAGAGGCUGACUACACACCUGACUUCACAGAAUCCACAGGCUGGUCUCCUCUGAGCUACGUCAUGUUGGCUCUGCGUAUUGCAGGACUGAUCCUGAUGAUCGUAAUCACCAUUCAUGUCAUCAGAAUCAAAUGGAACACAAAACCACUUGAUGAUGACGACAGUGAAAACAAUGAUGGUGACGUCCAGCAUGAAAAUGAUGGAGCACGUCCUGCUGCUGCGAGACUGCACUGAUCAACAACUUCCACACCAACUUCAGAUCAUCACAAAGUCACAUAGCAUCAGUCAUUUUACACUUCAUGAUCAAAGCUUUGACUUAAAAUGAAUGUUCUAUAUUUAGGAUAAAUUGCUCGCUCUCUUUACACCUUAAGUGAUGUAAGGAAUAUCUGUCAAACUGUUUUCUGUGCCAACAACAAGCAGAUGUUGUAUCUUCAGAUUGUACUGUAAAAAAGUCACUCAUAUUGACAGCUGUAUGUCACCUUUUAUUACAGUUUAAACACACAUUGCUCAGCUAAACACUGUAAUACUGAAACACAAAGAGGUAACUUUGUAGUAACAUCACUGUAACUUUGAAGGAUACCCACUUUAUUUGUCUCAGACUGCUAUAGAGCAUCAUAUUAGCCUCAGUUUAACUUCAUCAUGUAGAUUUUACCAGGAAAAGGACUGUAUUUUGUGGACAAUGACCAAAACCUGUUUCUAUGUACAUAUGGGCAUGUAAAUAUUGUAUUAAAUUACACUUGAACAAU